UGCGGCCGGGGGGCGAGCAGGGCCGUGAGGGGAGGGUCGCCGACCCGCCGCCCCAGGGGAAGGGCCGGUUCCCGCCGGGAGGUUCCGGGGAAUGGCGGCUGCGCCGCCGUGAGGCCGGGGGAGAGCCCGGGCCUUCCCGCCGGCCGGUUCCCGCCGCCGGAGCUCCCCUCACAGGGGAGCGACCCGGGCCUGCGGGUGGGUCCCGCCAGGCGGGGCGGGAAGAGGGGCCUUCGCCUCGCACCGCUCCUUAGAAACCGCGGAGAGUUAAAAGCAGCGGCGAGGCGAACGAAGGGAGCGAAUCGUGGCCGCCUCGCCCUCGGUCCCCGCGCCGAAGAAAUAAAUAAAUACCGGGCGCUCCGACAGCAGCGCUCUGCCGCGGCCUGCUGCCCUGGCCCUCCAGUCAGUUAGUGGUAGCAACGGGUCUGAUUCCCCCCCCUCAGCAGGGAUAACGUUUCUGUUUUUUAAUAACACUGAGAACCGGCGGGGUCUACAGGUAAGUCUUCACAUCCGACCUCCCGCCAGCGUCGACCCGCGUAGCAGAUUGGCCAAGAAACGGCAAAACGCGCGGCCUGGCCUUCGGCGGCUCCGCGUUAUCUGCCUGGCAGCGGCCACCGAACGCUGGCUUGUCUUACAAGUGAUUCAGCUCAAAACGAACUAAACACUGCGGUGGUGGUCCACAAGGCUUUCGACGCACGUCAACGAAGCAUUCGCCCCCGGCGGCACAUUCUGUAGGCUUUGUAACUGCUGUGCUGGCCCUAAUGUUUUAUGCAGCCCAGGUCCAGAAGAAACUUUGUAAGGGAAGCCUAAAGAAUUUAGAUGGAGUGACUGACCUCGAGUACAGUCGCUCUGAAGUUAUUGACAGUUCGUUCCCAUGAACGCUGCCAUGCAGACAUACUACAUUAUUUUCUUUCUUCCAAAAAGUCAAUGAACUGUUACAAAAUUUACUCGGUGUUCCACCAUUUACAGUAAUUUUGCCAUGAUAUUCCCAAUGAAAUAUGACUGUUUAUGUCUGUGUAGUAAGAACGGAAAGAAAAUAUGCUUUUCUUAACAAGACAUGAAUGCAAAUCCUAUUUAGGAUGGAUUUCAUGUUUGCAGCAUUGGGAGGUUUGGCUGUGAUGAAAAUCAUGUGUGUAGUUAGUUGUUUUACACACUGCGAGUCUCAGAUGGCUGGGAUUAUGUUCUUCCAAUUUAACAAGGUUAUCCAUUUAAUAAGUGGAGAGAGAUGAGUCAGAGCACAACCCUAGAUCCCAGCUCUCACGAAUUUGACAAGUAAGGACAGUCUGAAUCUGACCCUUCCACUCUGAAAAGAAAAUCCUUACUGAACAGUACGUGCAAUUUUUCAUUCUCUUCAAAUUUUGAAUAUUAGAAUCGGAGGAAACAACCUGAUCAGUGUGACACCGGACCUUUCAUUUGAGAAACUGUUAAAUUUAGUUCUAAUUUUUACCGCUUUAAGGAAAGAAAAUAUUGAGAGGGUGUAAAUUACACUUAAGAGUCAGGCCAUUUUUUACUGCAGUAAUGUAAAGGUGCCUGAGGGGGUCUGGCAUUCACUGAAAUCUGAUUUCAGCAGUCUUCUUAAUUACCUACUAAACAUGCAUGUUGACUGUGCAAAAGGAAGGGGAGUCAUUUCAGCAGUCAGGGUGAAUCUGGGUAACCUCUACGGGAGGUCACCGGUACUCCUCGCAUUUACAAGUGUGCCAUGUCUCUGUGCGCAGGCAACAGCACAAGCUGCUAAAUCAGCAAGGACAGUUGUCAUCACUGGUGUUCCAGAUGGCCUUCUGCACAAUGAUGUCAUGACUGACAUACUGAUGAUUCAUUUCCAAAUGUUGAAGAACAACGGAGGAGAUGUGGAAGAAGUAAUGUAUCCAACAAGGAGAAAAGGCGUUGCAUAUGUAACUUUUGAAGAUCAGGAAGUUGUAGAGAGUGUUCUAAAGAAGGAUGAACAUCGACUAGAAGACAAGAGGCUGUCCAGAUACUAUCCGCUGAAAGUAACCCGUUACUGUGAAAACGUCUUCAGCUCUGUCACAUCUGUCCUCGAUAUGUCUAUUUUCAAAGAUCAGUUUGUUUUAGAAGAUCUGAUACAAGAAAUUAAAAAGAAGAGCACAGCUUUAAGCUUUGGUCCUUUGCAAUCCAAUGGGCAUAUUUCUGUUCAAGGGUCAUUUCCAGCAAUCAAAUUGCUAAGAGACUUUCUCUUACUAAAAGCAAAAUCCCUUUCAGAGAAGGACAAAAGAGAAGAAAGCAAGACCCAUCAGAGACCAAGGAGGAGGCUACAGCAACAGAGACUUACCACAGAGACAAGUAAUUUUGUUGAUGGUGCAGAUGGGGAAAAACAAGUGGUUGUUCUCGACACAGAUAUAUAUCACUACAUGAAGUACUUUUUUUCCAGGACAUUCCUAGUAAAUGACAAUGUUGUAAUUUCUGAUGUCACUGAUGGUGAUAUAACUACAGUAUACAUUAAGAAUAUUGGAAAUAGGUCUGAUGCUGGACAGGUAUUAAAAGUCAAAGAGAAAAUUGAAAAUCAGUCUAUAAAACUCCAUAACACUUUACGUAAAGAAAGGAUCUACUUUCAGGAGCACACCAGAGGUGAGAAGCAGAGAUAUAAAUGGGCAUGUGAAAAUCUAAAACCCUAUUACCCUCAUGUUUUGAUCAUUCCUUAUGAUACUCACAUUGAUAUUGUAGGAAAUCCUGCUGAAAUUUUUGAAUUUACAAAGAAAGUGAGCAAUAAGAUUCAGAGCCUGUUUCAAACAAGGUAGAAAGUUAGUGUUCAUGUUGUUUACACAUUGUGCUUCUCCAGCACCAGACUGUACUGGUGUAACCUGUGCACCUCUAUGUCACUGCAGAUCUGUCACUGCAUCUCAUCUCUUGUGAGCUUAGAGUCUGAAGAAAUUAGGCCUCUCCUGUCCAGAUACAGCCAUUUUUUUGCUUCUGUUAGCUGCAUUUUGGGCACAUGUACACUCAUUCUGUCUUGCUGUCAGGGAACAUGUGAUGAGAAAAGAACAUUUUUUAGAGAGUUCUCAUUAGCAUAAGAAGUCAGGCUGACAAAGCUGGGUGAGUCAACCUGAUAUGAAAUACUGCAUUGAGUUAGUGUUUCUUUGUGCAAGAUGACCAGUGGAAACAGGAAUGGUGGCCUUUUUCUGUUGCCUUUAUCUGCAGAAGGAAGUUCUUGUCAUUGAGGUACAUGAAGAAGAUAGAGCUUUGACACUUGAAGGGAUGGCAUGCUUAUUAAAUUUACAGGCUUGCCACGUCCUGAGAAGGACCUUAGAGGAAGGCAUUGGAAGUUCUUGACAGUAGAAAAUAAGUGAGUUUGUUUUCAUAGGAGCAAUAAUGUUUUUUUUUUCCCAGCUGUAACAGCAUCUGCAGCAUCCCUUGACAGCAUGUUAUUUAGACAUGAAAAUGUAUCCAAAGUUUUGAUGUGAAAAUCUUGGGGCAUUUAGACUUUUGAAUCAGAUUCUGUUUUGCAAAUCUGUUUCUAUAUCCACUACAGGAGUCCAAAUGCCUAUCCUAAUUUAGGCUUUUUAUAAAACCAAUUUAGAAAACAACUUUUAUUUUGUGAUAUCGGUGUGUUUGGAAUACUUUGUCAAAACAUACAGAGCACCGUCUCUUUUGCCUUAUGUGCAGUAAAAGUUUUAAGUUUUUAUGCCAUUAAAGAAAUUAGUUCUA